UACAACAGUCGUUGAAAUGAAAACUUUCCUGGUGAUUCUACUAAUCUCCGCUUUGGCCUUGGUCCAGGCCAGUACUAUUCGUGAUGAGGACUACUCGGUAUGGCCGGCUGGAACUUCAAUGGAGACCCAUCCGCACUCUUCCAACUGGCCCUGCGAUGUGGGUCACUUUCCCCAGGCAUACGCCCUAAUGCACAAGGUGGACAUGCGAUUGAAUCAGAUUGACAACGAGGAUCUCAAGAAUCGGAUCCAGAAUUUCGCUGUGGAUGCGUUGAGGAGGUGCACUACAAAUGGACAGAUGGACGAGCAUUGCGUUAAGAUUUCGAUCGGUUACACAAUGGCAUAUAUUCACCAUCAGAAAAGGGUAGCAAAUCGGUUGUAAAAACGUUUAGGUGGCUAAAUAAACUGUGAACAUUAACUGAAAA